CCCGCUUGGGCGUUCCGCUCCCGCAUUGACCACUAAAUUGACCCAGCUAAGCGGGAGACAAUACGUCAUAAGCAUCGACCCUCCAACCUCACGUCACCUAACAACUUUGGUUGGUUCUGACCAGGUUUUACAGCUUUGUCGUGUGUUGCUUGCUUAUCGCUUAAUUCACAUUCUCAUAAUCAAUCUCUCAAAAUCACCUCAGUCAGUGGGUGAUAUGAUUACCACUGUUUGAUAACCUGCUUUUCCUCUUUCGUAGGCGAGACACGUACUACUAAUGACGGUCAACAACUUCAAACUGCUUACCCCCCAUCAAACCACAAACCUACCUUAGACGCCAUCAAAACUCACGCACACACGCACAUCAGCAAGCUAUCAUUCUGUUUUCUCCUUCUGAUCAGCAAUUCUGAGCCAAUCCCUGCCCUUAUUACUUCUCCUACUGCGCUUGCAGAAAUACCUCCCGUGCUGUACCAUUAUCGUACUGUACUGCAUACUGAGUCAACCACGUGUUGCACACAAAUCUCCCCACCGCUUCUCCGUGACAGCCGGGUCUCGUCUUGGCUUGACUCGGGUUUGGGCUUGGGCUUGGAUUGUACUUCCUCACUUUGCAGCCUCUCUUGUCUCUGCCGUCUUUUCCUGACAACCCUUCUCGACCCCUACCAUAACCAACCUAGCCCGCUGCAAUCUGCAGUCUCACCCAAAGGCCAUAAUCUCAUAGGCUGGUGUUGGUGUUUGCUGGCUAGGACCCCUCCCCUCUCCCCUCUUCGCAUCUGAUAUGGAGACUGAAUUCACACCCUCUGAGUCACGGCCAACCACUCCGGAACCUCCGGGCUAUGUGAAUCCUCUCGAGUCCAGCUCUAGAUGGUACCUGAUCGCUCGUGCCCAAGCUAUUCGUUCUGCUGCCAGUCUGGGUUUCAGUAUCGCUAAUCGUACGGAUCCUCCUGCACCCUCACCAACCAAGGACAUCUGGCUCGAUGCUACCCUAUCCAAGGCUGAUCUUAGCCGCGCCGACCGCGCCAAGACAAAGAUCAAGGCCGAAGUAUGGAUGCCGCCCCGUCCCGCGCUCGGCGCCCGGGCUGCCGUUAUAAACUUCCACGGAGGCGGAUGGAUUCUCGGUCAAGGCACCGACGAUGCCCGUUGGGCCGGUGCUAUCAUGGCUAAUCUCGACGCCGUUGUCUUCACUGUCAACUAUCGUCUCGCGCCAUCUUGUCCCUUCCCAACACCAAUCGAGGAUUGUGUGGAUGCAGUUCUUCAAAUCAAGCAUCGUGCGGCGGAAUUCGGCAUAGACCCUGAUCGUAUCAUCCUGUCGGGGUUUUCCGCUGGGGCCACAAAUGCCCUGGCAAGUUGGCUCAUUCUCAAUGACCCUGAUCGAUGGGGUUACAAGUUCCCCAUAGAGCCUCCAAAGAUUGCCGGCAUCACUCUCUACUAUCCGCUUCUGGAUUGGACCAUCUCGCGUCCGGAAAAACGGCUUACAUGUUCAAAGCCGGAGUUUACCUUACCCAAGGGCCUAACAGAUCUUAUCGACGCUUCCUUCAUCUACCCAAUCAUUCCUCGCGAGGAGCGUUGCGAUCCAAGACUAUCCCCGGGGUUGAUGCCUGAUGAGUUGCUAAAGAAGCUUCCUCCUAUUCACUUGGUCUUGUGCGAGUAUGACAUGCUCCUGGCUGAGGGUCUCAAGUUCUCGAAUCGCCUCAAGGCUGCUAACAAGAAGUUCACAUUGCGUAUAGUCGAAGGAGAGAGACACGCAUGGGAUUGUCCACCACCUAUGUCACCAAAAGAGAGUGUUGCCAUUGAGUAUCAAGAAGCCGUGGAAACAAUGGCCAGUUGGUUUGGGCAGAAGUGCGAGACCGACACUGAAUCCAUGCGAUCAAUGAGACUAAAAAGGCCAGUUCUCAAGCGACCAAAGUACCUCUCCUUCAAAACCUGGUCUGGGAGGUAGUUGCCCCUAGCAGGGUUAUUGAUUCUCGUGGGUUCGAUUUUUAUUUCUUCGCUGUACUUGGUCGUUUCCUUUUUCUUUCAACCUAGCGCGGCGUAUGAUGCGAUUAAUGAGACCAGACUUGGCAACAUAUGAGACACAGGGCAUUGGUUGGACAUGAUCGGUUUUGAGCGAAAGAAAAUACAUUACAUACAUAUUCAAACAUAAAUAAGAAAGAUUUCCCGACAUAAUGAUCCAGGAACGGGUGGCAGUGCAAAAAUAAGCAUCAGGGUCUUGGUUCUUGUCAAGAUCAUGAUCUAGCCACUACCAAGCGUGUUAGCCAACUCAAUCGAAGACAAGCAUUCCCAGCCCUGUCAAGAGAGACAACCAUCGGCAUUUGCUGCUUUCAGUCGUUUCCACCCCAGGUGUAAAUCAAGACUGGGAACUAGAUACUUCGAGCAACGGAAAAGAUACUUGGCAAUAACACCUGGUUUAAGGGUCCCAUCUCCGGAAGCGUCGGAGGUCCCAACAUUGGCCGGGUCGUAAACAUGUGGCAUUUUCACACGCCCACGCCAAUUGGUUCCUACAUACUCCAUACACCUACACAUGAACUUAAUCACAAUAGUUCAAAACAUGCAUCAAGGGAUUCUCAGCUUAGACUAGCUUCGCCUUACAAACAUUGUGCGGGGAUCCUUGGUCAGCUGCUUAUUUCUGCGUUUAUAUGCACGAAUAGUUGAGGUUUUUUCGUCGGGGUUUUGUCAAUAUACCGAGUUCUUUCGCGAUCCGGAGGGCCCGAGUAUCCCGGGGGAAAUAUAUCGGACUCCGGCAUCGCGUUCACCCGUGACGGAAUUAUCAGGCGACCAUUUCACGUUCAAAUAGAUCACAAAAUCACGAUAUGUUAAGCUUUUCAAUCCGAAUGCCAAGAUUGAGAUAAUUGUCAUCAACUAACUAAUCAACUAACUAGGUAGCUAGGAUAAGCAGCAUCCACCGCUAUCUCACUCAGCGCCAUCAUCAUAAGCUUCAAAUCCUAAAGGCCCGUCGCCACACUUUACUAGGACCCCAAGAUCGGCUUUUUAUGACUUUCCCAUGCCGACAUGGUGUUCGGCCGUUGGGCGGUGUGCUCGGCUCCGAAGUGCCGAUGUGGCUCAGGCGAUCAGGGAUGUGAUCAUGGAGAUCUCUUGAUCGUCAUGACACAAAGUGUCAGUCAUUUCGCGAUGAUCUGUGGCGGUUCUGAGAAUUCGAUGUGGCUUGACGAUGAAGUAUGAAGUUAUGUUUGCUUUAUGCCAAGUCUUUGUAAUGAGGUAAAGUGUUGGCCAUUGAGAGAUUAUGUUAUUGCCAUGGAGUUAUGAUUCAAUACUCAAGAGUGACUGGAAAACUCCAUGAUCCAUUCAAGCCAGUCAAAAUCACAUGAUAACCAUCCUAAUUAGACUCCAUGCUUCACACUCAAUGAAUUGGUCCAAGUUCGCGCACUCGGUCUAGGGUAAGCAUCAUCAG